AUGACAGAACCUUAUUGGCGUAGUCCCCUGCAUUUGUCCACUAGUGUUGGAGGGGGACCUUCUAAUAAUACCGCAUAUCCUACCUUUGGCUUUGCUUCGCCUUGGUCGGAAACACCAGCUCGCAAUCAAGCAAUGGUAACGAAACGCGAUUUUCUAAAAAUUGAACUCAAUAAUCCCAUGAAUGCUCUGUCUGCAUCACCUGACCAAACGCGUGUUGUAGUAGGCGGUCACCAAGGCACAUAUUUAAUCAUGCUUAAAACGUUCAGAGUUACUGAAAAAGGAGCUGAAGAGGAAAUGAAUCUUAGAUAUAGGAACAAUGAUAAUAAACAAAGCAUUAACGAUGUAAAAUGGGGAAAUCAACAUUCCAAAAAUAAAAUAGCAGCAGCAUCUAAUAAUGGAUAUAUUCUACUGUGGGAUGUUGGAGGUGGUAGAGGAAAAUUGGAUAGAACGAUUGGAGAACAAGGAAGAGCAAUUAAUAAAAUUUGCGUUAAUCCGAUGCAAGGAAGUUUAAUGUUGUGCGCUCUCCAAGAUUGGACAAUACAAAUGUGGGAUUUGAGAGAUCGUGGACGCGCAAAGGUCACGUUUCACGGCAGAGCGAAUAGUGUACGAGAUGUUCAAUUUCAUCCAUCCAAUUCAACAGAGUUUAUAGCAGCAUUCGAUAAUGGAAUGAUUCAGAAAUGGGAUAUUCGGAAACCCAAUCUUUACGAAAAAAGACUAUUUGCUCAUACCAAUUCAGCAUUAACAGUAGAUUGGCAUCCUGACGGGAAUAAAGUGGCGAGUGGUGGUGUUGAUAAAACAAUUAAGAUAUGGGAUAUGAAUUCGGACGAUAAUAAACCUACUGAAUUAAUUCCGUGUAUUGCUGGCGUUGCGCGUGUUCAAUGGCGACCAAAUCAAGUUGAUGAAAUCGCAUCGUGCUCAUUUAAAAAAGACAAUCGUAUUUUUAUAUGGAACAUAAAGCGACCUUAUAUAGCGAGUUAUUUCUUUGAUGAGCAUGAAGAUACUCCAACUGGAAUUUUGUGGCAUGAUACUCAUGUGUUAUGGUCGUGCUCAAAAGAUAGAACUUUUAUUCAACAGGAUAUAAGAACAAAAUCUCAUCGUCAAAUAGAUUUGCUAAAUAAAUGUGGGAUUGGGUGGAAUGUUUAUGACCGGUUAGCUUUUGCGAUUGAUAAACCAGCGGUAGAAGAUAAUUCUAUUUUAGAUGAUCUUAAUCAAAUUCGGAGAUCUCAAAGGAGGUUAUCUCCAGGUGCUAGUGACUCUGGUGUUCUUGAGAUUGCAUUGAAAUCCCAAAAAUAUCGUUCUUCACAAACAUGGAAAAUAGUUCAAUUACUGUUCAGUAAGGAUACACUUGAAAAGACUGAAGAUGAAGAAAAAAAGCUCGUCACUAAUAGUGACAACAGCAAUUUAACUUUAUUCAAGAACAAGUCAAUAAAUGCAUCCCCGAAAAUUUCUACAAAGUCUCUUGGCGAAAACAACAAUAAUAAUACUAUUCAGAAUGUCGAUCACCCUAAAGAAAAAGUAUCAGAUGGUAUGCAGGAAAUUUUUAAGAAUGAAGAUUCCUUAUCCGAAUCAGAAGAAAGUGACGAAUUCGUCACAGAUGAAAAUAGGGAAAAAGAAAAUAUUCCUGCGACCCAACCACCACCGCAUUCAAAUCUUAUAAAAAUGACUAGUAAAUUAGUGCAGCCGACACUUAAAUCAGCAGUGAGGCUUGUGUGGGAUCAUGAACCGAUCAUGGACAGUCUAUUGGAAUAUUACGCUGAACAAGGAGAUGUGCAAAUGUGCGUUACUUUGGUACUCGUUCUGAAUGAAAAAUUAAAGGUGGACGAAGAUUGUGUAGAAAGAUGGCUAUUUUCGUAUAUUGAACUUCUUCAUCGAUUUCAACUUUGGAUACCUGCCUCUGCGAUAAUAUCAUCAUGUAAAAUACCUUCUGUAAGAGUGAAAAAUCAGGAAGCCACAACUAUCUAUACUACAUGCAACAAUUGCUUCAAACCCAUAAUAAAUUCACAUAAUGGUUUCUGGGUGUGUGAUAAAUGUCAAAAACUCUUGAAUCCAUGCUCAACAUGUCAUCAAAUAGUUAAAGGUCUAUACUCAUGGUGCCAGGGAUGUGGACAUGGUGGCCAUUUAGCACAUAUGUCAGAGUGGUUUCAGAAAAGCGCAGAAUGUCCAACUGGAUGUGGUCAUUAUUGUGUACAUGCAUUAUUUGAUAAAGAACAUUCCUAA